AUAUAGAAUGUCAGUUUGUAGUGCUAUAAGCACUACCCUAUGUGCCUCACCGGAUUUGGAACUUUGGAAUUGAAUGGAAGAUACUUGAAUAUGUUGGAACUCAGACGCUCUUGACAGGGUGUUCAUGGACCCUUAGCACUGUAUGUUCUGGCAAAGAGUUUGCCCCCCAGUUGAACGGCUCAUUCCCUAGCCACAUGAUCAAUUGAGGACUAUUCCAUGUGGACUAGUCAAACAAUCCCCAGUUGGAUUAUUUUUCCGGUACAAACUAGGUAAUUAUCAUGUUUAUAUCAUAUGUAUAUCAUUUAUUAUAUAUUUAUAUCUAUUCAUUCGUUCUUGUUUCUCAGUGAGGAUACUUCCUCGCUUGUCGUGCCAAUGGGCACGUGUUUCGAGAGUUUAGUUUUGGGACUUAUAAGAUAAAGUUUGAAUGGCUGAUUGGUAAAGUUUUCUUAUGGAUUUCGGACUUGGCACCGGUAUUGAUUUAACUUGAUCUUUAUUUUUAUCCACUCACACUUUUCUGUUUUGCGCCCCCUAGCUAGUAGUUGACUGAGCUUCGCAGCUGAGCCGAAUCGUGUGCUUCCAAAUCUUGAGCCUUCGUAGGACUCUUUUAUCAUUUAAUUCCCAUUCAACUUUGUUUUUGUUGUAAUUGAAUUUCUUAGAUAUGCUCUGUUAUCGUCCGUGCUAGGAUUUGAUUUAUGAGGCCGGGGGCCUUUGCUGUAAACUGUUUAUUGUUUAAAAGCAUGCUGCUGGUUGGGAUAUUAAAUUGUGAGUGGGCUCGGCAUCGGGGUGAUGCCGGAAAUACGACGGAAUUCGUCUUGGGUUCCAAAGAAUCUGGGGCGGGUCCUGUCAAUCAUGACCACAAAUUUAAAAUCUUAAACCUUAAAGACACAUUUCUACAUGAUUUUCUUCGACAGAUUGAUUUGUGUUAAUUGAGUAUUAUAGCUAUUGCUAAAGAUUACAAGAGAUUUCUUUCUAGGUUCAAUUGAAAUAAACAAGUGCAUAUGUGGUGCAACAGGGUCUUUAAUUUUUGUGGAUGUUUACUAGUCCUCUUAUGUGAAAAUAUAGGUUGUUUACUUUAUAAAAUGGUGCAAAGUUUCAAAUCUAACCGAAAUCAAUUCCAUUCAUGAUUAAGCUUGGAAUGUAUAUUUUUUUAUUCACUAGGUAGAUGCGUUAGAUGGACUAGUAUUACUGCAUGACAUGACAAACCUUGCAAAUCCUCACUUCGACUGUCAUCAUAUGAUGGUUUUCUAGUACAGAGUUCUUCGACAGAGCAGUGACUCUGCUACUCUCACUAUGAAAUAGCUUUUGCCUGUGAUCUAGCCUGGUUACUUCUUUGUCAUGUUUUGUGGCUCAGAAGGAAUUGUUUUAACGUCACUCUGUUUUUGGGUGUCAUUCGAGCAUGGUUCGAAUGGGUAAUGAGGAGACUUGUUUUUGUAGCUUGUUGAUACUGCUCUGUGACUGAUCAUGUCAUGGGUGCAUGAAUAGGGUUAGAAUUCAAGGCAUGGAAGGGAAGAAAUUUGAGGAAGGGGAGGGUUAACGAUUAAUGUAUUUCUUUUUCUUAAGGACUAAGGUGGCUAACGAUGAAUGAAGAAAUUCUACCUCAGCCCAUUAACCUAUAUGUUGUUUGUUCAAUCUACCCAUUAAAUGCUUCUGUGAUUGAAGAAAUAGAUUUGCCUAUCCUGGUUUCAUUUCAUUUUCUAUUUGAUGAGACAUCCACUUGUUGCGACAUCUACUUGUUAUGCUUUAUUUCUCAGUGAAGUCUGAUGCAAUACAACUGAAGUAUUUAAGAUACUAGUGGGGAGAUGAUAUCUCUACUUCCUGAGUUCAUGGAUACUUGUGAAAAUAAAGAUAUUAGGGUUGAAGAAUAUUUAGAUUUCAUUGUUAAGAAGCGAUCAGUUGCAAGCAAGGAGGCACUUGGAAUACGAAUUCACAGCAUGGGGAUGCAUAUUUCUGCCAUAUGGGAAGCCAGGAAUCUAGAAAUUUCCACUCUAAAGAAAUCAGAGAAGGCAUUUCAGCCAAAUUCAGAUAAAAAGGAUAGGAAGUUUCCACUUUUAUCCGCAGAGAAAAAGGAGCUAGACAAACGUUUCAGCACUAUUUCUCAGCGCGUUGAAUCGUUUUCCCCCAUACAUAAGGACUUUUGUGGCAAGCACAUUAGAUUUGAUCCUAAAACUUCAAGCUCAGAGGAUGAAGGUAGGGAUGAUUAUUUGUCUGAAGAGAAUGAUGAAAAUAAUGACCAUGUAACAGGCAGUCAGGUUAACUUCUCAUCACAGUCUGUUGAAAGUUCUGACCGAGUACUUGAUAGGAUGCUGCAGUUUAAUAAUACUGAAGCUCAGAAGAGACAGAAAAUCAAGUCAAUGUUUUCUUUGUAUCCAUUAAUUGGAUUACUAAAUGUUGUUGCAAGUUAUUGUGGCUUGAGAAAUUUUCCCAUGUUUGGUGGGCAAAACAAUUUGUGUAGGCAACAAUGCAUAGUUUCAGAGUUGAAGCUGAUGGUGUCUUUUGAGCCAAUGGAUUUUUCUAGAUAUCACAAGUGCAAUGGAAAAUUAACGAAUUGGUCUAGACAAAGAGUCAAACAUUUUUUCUGUUGGAUGCUAGAAAUGCCUCAUAUAAUUAUUGGCUAAGUUGCAAGAUGUGGUGUCAUCAAAUGAAGAGGAGAGACCUCAAGUGAUACACAUCGAUCAUUUUCUGUGAGCUGAUUCGAUAAAGAGAAAUUGUCUGGUGUUUUUUUGACUUAAGAAGGGUGGUUUAACUUUGCCUUGUUUGCUUUUGGUCUGUAAUAUUGUUUCUCAUUGGCUGUUCUUGGAUGUUUUUUUUUUCUUUCUUUCCUUAUGUAUCUCUUAGAACUUGGCUUUUGCCUUAUGGAAUUGUGGAUGUUUAUUUGUAUGUAUUAAUGAUGGAUUUGUGUUCAGUGAAUUGAAUUUCUAAUUUCGAGUUA